AUGUCUCGGCGCAAGCAGGCCAAGCCCCAGCACCUCAAGUCGGACGAAGAGCUGCCGCCGCCGGACGGGGCUCCCGAGCACGACGUCCCCGGGGACGGGGCCGACGAUGGGGACAGCGGGAGCGAGGGCAGAAGCGGAGGCGAGGAGACGAACGUGUGCGAGAAGUGCUGUGCGGAGUUCUUCAAGUGGACGGACUUCCUGGAGCACAAGAAGACCUGCACUAAAAACCCGCUGGUGCUGAUCGUGAAUGAAGAUGAGCCGGCACCGCCGUCCGAGGAGUUUCCGGAACCUUCCCCGGCAAGCUCUCCCAGUGACCGGACGGAGAGCGAGGCUGCCGAGGAGCCGGCCCCCGCAGAGAACGGCGAGGGCGGUGAGGUGAGGGCCCCCGAGAAGGAGGAGGAGCCCAUGGAAGCCGAGCCGGCUGGAGACAAAAGCUUCCAGAGCCCGGGCCCCUCACACCCAGGGAAGCCGCCUCUACCUCAGAUCCCCGAACCAGCUCCCGUGGCCGCGUACAGCAUGCCAAACACCAACGUGACCUUGGAGACCCUCCUGAGCACCAAGGUGGCUGUGGCGCAGUUCUCCCAGAACGCAAGGGCUGCAGGCAGCGUGGGAUCCAGCAGUGGGGUGACGGCGGUGGCCAUCCCCAUGAUCCUGGAGCAGCUGAUGGCCCUGCAGCAGCAACAGAUUCACCAGCUGCAGCUCAUCGAGCAGAUCCGAAGCCAGGUGGCCAUGAUGAACCGCCAGCCCCUGCGGCCGCCACUGAACCCCGGGGCAGCCACAGCGGCUCAGAGCGCCCCGGUGCCGGCCUCCAGCCAGCUCCAGGGGCUGGCCACCCAUUCAGCCCUGCAGCUCUCCGCUGGGGCCCCCCCUGUGCCCGCGGCUCCUGGCCCCACUGCCCAACCGGCCACCUUUGAGGGACCCCAGCACCUGUCCCAGCCGGCCUCCGGGGCAAGCACCCCACACGUCCCCAGUGGGGGCCCUUCUGUCCCCGCGGAGGCUAGCGGGCCGGCGUCCUCCAGCACGGCCCCGGCCUCCACCGCCCCGGCCUUGGCGGCUGGCACCUCCAGCAGCAACUCACAACCGCAGAACUCCUCCACGCCCCCCGCCCUGGGGCCAGGGCCCCUCCUCAGCUCAGCCCCCAGCCUGCCAAACCCACUUCUACCUCAGACCUCCGCCAGCAGCGUCAUCUUCCCCAACCCGCUGGUCAGCAUUGCGGCCACCGCCAACGCGCUGGACCCCCUGUCCGCCCUCAUGAAGCACCGCAAGGGCAAGCCCCCGAACGUGUCGGUGUUCGAGCCCAAGGCCAGCGCCGAGGACCCGUUCUUCAAGCACAAGUGCCGAUUCUGUGCCAAGGUGUUCGGGAGCGAUAGCGCCCUGCAGAUCCACCUGCGCUCCCACACCGGUGAGAGGCCCUUCAAGUGCAACGUCUGCGGGAACCGCUUCUCCACCAAGGGCAAUCUAAAGGUCCACUUUCAGAGGCACAAGGAGAAGUACCCCCACAUCCAGAUGAACCCCUACCCCGUCCCUGAGUACCUGGACAACGUGCCCACCUGCUCCGGCAUCCCCUAUGGGAUGUCGCUGCCUCCAGAAAAGCCCGUGACCACCUGGCUGGACAGCAAGCCUGUGUUGCCCACGGUGCCCACGUCGGUUGGGCUGCAGCUCCCGCCCACCAUCCCCGGCGUCAGCAGCUAUGCAGACUCCCCCAGCCUCACCCCUGCAAGCCGCUCCCCUCAGCGGCCCUCCCCUGCAUCUAGCGAAUGCACCUCUCUGUCCCCUGGCCUCAACAGCUCUGAGUCAGGCCUCCCAGGGACUGCCGAGUCCCCACAGCCAGCGCUCAGCGGGUCUUCUCUGACCAAAACCGAGCCCGUGAGCCUGCCCUGUGCAAACACCAGGGCAGGGGAGGUCCCCAGCGGCGGGCAGGUCUCUACCACGUCUGCAUCGGCUGCCCUGACGGACAAUAGCAUCUCCACAGGCCUGUGCAGCCCUGUCCUUCCCGCCGGCUCGGACCAGUUCAAGGCAAAGUUUCCCUUUGGGGGGCUGCUCGACUCCAUGCAAACAUCAGAGACGUCCAAGCUGCAGCAGCUGGUGGAGAACAUCGACAAGAAGAUGACGGACCCCAACCAGUGCGUCAUCUGCCACCGCGUGCUGAGCUGCCAGAGCGCCCUGAAGAUGCACUAUCGGACGCACACGGGGGAGAGGCCGUUCAAGUGCAAGAUCUGCGGGCGCGCCUUCACCACCAAAGGCAACCUGAAGACGCACUUUGGGGUGCACCGGGCCAAGCCGCCCCUGCGGGUGCAGCACUCGUGCCCUAUCUGCCAGAAGAAGUUCACCAACGCCGUGGUGCUGCAGCAGCACAUCCGCAUGCACAUGGGGGGCCAGAUCCCCAACACGCCGCUGCCCGAGGGCUUCCAGGAUGCCAUGGAUGCCGAGCUCCCCUACGAUGAGAAGGCGGCAGAGGCCCUCAGCGGUUACGAUGACGACGUGGACGAGAACUCCAUGGAGGACGACGCCGAGCUGCGGGAGACCACCGGCGACGCGCCCAAGCCGCUCCUGUCCUACGCGGGGUCCUGCCCGCCCUCGCCGCCCUCUGUCAUCUCCAGCAUCGCCGCCCUGGAGAACCAGAUGAAGAUGAUGGACUCGGUCAUGAGCUGCCCACAGCUGACCGCCUUGAAGUCCAUGGAGAACGGGUCCGGGGAGAGCGACCACCUGAGCAACGACUCCUCGUCAGCCGUGGGCGACCUGGAGAGCCGGAGCGCGGGCAGCCCGGCCCUGUCGGAGUCCUCAUCGUCCAUGCACGCCCUGUCGCCCAUGAACAGCAACAGCGAGAGCUUGCACUCCAAAUCCCCAGGCCUCAGCAACCAGGAGGAGCCCCAGGAAGCGCCUCUAAAGACCGAAAGGCCGGACAGCCCUGCCCCCGCCCCCGAAAACGGAGGCGCGCUGGACCUCACGGCGGCCCCGCCCGGCCGGCCGGCCAUCAAGGAGGAGGCCCCCUUUAGCCUGCUGUUCCUGAGCAGAGAACGGGGUAAGUGUCCGGGCACUGUGUGUCAUGUCUGUGGCAAGCCUUUUGCUUGCAGGAGCGCGUUGGAGAUCCACCACCGCAGUCACACUAAGGAGCGCCCGUUUCUCUGUGCGCUCUGCGGGCGCGGGUGCUCCACUAUGGGUAAUUUAAAACAGCACUUACUGACGCACACGUUGAGCGAGCCGCCUUCUCAGUUCUGUGACCCCGACUUUGCCCUAGGUCCCAGCCAAACCACUCCUAGCCUGGUUGCCGGCUCCGCGCCCGCCAUGAUCAAAAUGGAAGUGAAUGGGCACAGCAAGGCCAUCCCACUGGGCGAGGGCCCGCCGCUGCCGGCCGCCGUGCAGGUGCCCCCGGGGCCUCCGGCGGUGAUGAGCCCCAGCCUCGCGCCCAUGCUGGCCCCCCCGCCACGCCGGACACCCAAGCAGCACAACUGUCAGUCGUGCGGGAAGACCUUCUCCUCGGCCAGUGCCCUGCAGAUCCAUGAGCGCACGCACACGGGAGAGAAGCCCUUCGGCUGCACCAUCUGCGGGAGGGCCUUCACCACGAAGGGCAACCUCAAGGUGCACAUGGGCACGCAUAUGUGGAAUAACGCCCCCGCGAGGCGCGGCCGCCGCCUGUCUGUGGAAAACCCCAUGGCUCUGCUAGGUGGCGAUGCCCUGAAGUUCUCAGAAAUGUUUCAGAAGGAUCUGGCAGCACGAGCAAUGAACGUUGACCCAAGUUUUUGGAACCAGUAUGCUGCAGCCAUCACAAACGGCCUGGCCAUGAAGAACAAUGAGAUCUCUGUCAUCCAGAAUGGCGGCAUUCCCCAGCUCCCAGUAAGUCUUGGUGGAAGCGCCAUCCCCCCCUUGGGUUCUCUGACCACCGGGAUGGACAAAGCGCGCACCGGCGGCAGUCCACCCGUCGUGGGUUUGGACAAAGCAAACUCCGAAACGGGAGCCAGCCGUCCAUUCACGAGGUUUAUUGAGGAUAACAAGGAGAUUGGUAUUAACUAGCUAUGCUUGGGCUCCGCCCAUCUGCUCUGUGCCGCACACACACCGUCAGGUGCGACCGUCGGGCUGCAAGGCCCUGUGCCCCAGUUCCCCUAAAGAUGUCCCAUAGCAGAAAACACGUUCACUGUGUGGCUGCUGGAAGGUUGUCUUGGACGCACUGCAUGGUACUCUUUCCACGGUGAGCUUGACUGUUGUUGGGAACUCUGUAACCUUUUAAAUAAAUUUAAGUCAAAAAGAGAAGUCCUUGUAAAACCGCCUUGGGAAUGGAAAGGGCUCAAACCACAUCCACUUCAUUCCUCCCAAAACCUAGUAACUCCCAUGAGGGAGAGAGGGGUCCCCCGCGUGUCCCAGCGACACUCACUCGAAGGUUUUGUUCGAAUUAGUUAGAAACUUGAACUCUGUUUUUAGACUAUCGAGGAUGUGGUCUGGUACUCCCAGCGCCGUCUUCUGCCGUAACUUCGUCCGUAGUAUUUAUAAUGUUAAGAUUAUGCGGGUAACAGAUAAUACAGCCCCAACUUUAAAGGAAGCUUUUGUACUGCAGAAUACAUCUGGCUAUGUGAUUUUUUUUUUUUUAAAGCAGAGUUUGUUUUACUAUAAAUAAGUGAGUUAUUUCAAUGCAGGCAAAUUGUGAAGUCCCACUGGGAAAGACCGCAUGCUUUCGUGUGCAAGUUCCUGUCAGUGACAAGCCUAUUUUUGUUGUUGUUCCUUUUUUUUUUUUUUAAUUUAAAUGUUUGUAGCUGCUAUGUGGACAAUUGUUCCCUAGUGUGGUCUGUAGCCCAGCGAUUGGGAACAAGUUACAGACAAGUAUCACCAUAAAUUAUUCACAACAUUAUAAGCAGUUGUGAGGAAAUAUUUCACGUUAUCAAAGUUGUACAAUAAAAAGGUAAUGUUUGUAUAAUGUGGUUGCAAACUCUUAAUUUAUACUAUUGCACUUUUAGUAUUUUGUAUUAGGGAGGUUUGUCUAUAAUUUGAAAACUUAAAAAGAUGUAAAGUAUUUUAUAAAUAGUACUUUGGUUUAGGAAAAUGAAAAAAAAAAACUGUUACAGUUUCUUGUUUUGUCUUAAGGUCGAACACUAUGAGAAAUCUAUGCCACUUAAACAGAAAAGCCACCAAGACUUGUCUGUUCCUCAUAAACUAGGGCCUACCAUUUCUUAAAUUAAAAUGAUUUAUUUAACUUUUCUACAAAGCCCAUUUAAAACCCUGACCACCCCUAACACAACUCUGAUGAAUUAAUCCUAGGACCGUGGCACCGCGUGGAGCUCACGGGCUCAGAGAACGUUGUGAGGGUCAGGUUCUACCGAAACCUCCCCGUCCUCUCACACCCAGACAGGAUUCUGACUGCCUCCAAGCACUGGCUCUCGUGUACAGUAAACCGGAGAGAAGGAUCAGUGGCUGGCAGUAGAAUCAGUCACCACUGGGACAUUUUCUGAUUUAUUUAUUUUCUUCUCAGAUGAAAACAAAGCACAAUGUCGUCCGAUCGUUCAAAAUACAGUCUGAAGCUGCUGACUUUGUUUAAAUGGCUUGGCGUAAGGAAGGGGACCGUUGGCGGGCACGGGGUCGGGCGCAGGGUCGGGGUCGGGGCCUGCACGGGCGGGGCCGUGUGUGCUACCUCAUUGUGUGCGUUGCGAGCGCGCUGGAGUCUGGGACGGCGCGCCUCCUCCCACAGCGUUGUCCCCGAGACGCGGUUCGAGGUGUGCGCCCCGAAGCGGGAACCGGACAGCGGUGUCUUCUCCGCUAAAACAGGAACACAGGACAAUCCUUCCCACGCGACCACAGCCACGUUCACCGUGCCACGGUGUCGUGUCCUGAAGACGCCUCACUCCACCGGCUUAGCCGUCUCUUCCUGUCCGAACCCAGCACUGACCCCUCCGGCACUGCUGUGUGUCCACAGUGGAAUGAUUUUAUUAUUUAUGAUGUCCUUUUUGGUGUGAUUUUUUUUUUUUUUUUUUUUUUUUGGUUAGGAUUUGGUACCAUGUAGUGUUCUCUCUUAUCCCAGAAGGAUGUGUACAUAACUUAAAAAAGAAAUGUAAAGUGUUGUAAAUAAGAUGGCUCGUGAAGGGACGGCGAGGCGCGCCCCCUUCUGUAUUCAGGACCAGACCGUCCCUCUCUGCGUGGUCAAGAGAGAGACUAUUUUUCUACUGCAGCACCAUGUAGGGCUGGGGCCCCCGGAGCCAGCCGGCAUUCUUACCGAGAUCCAAUAUUUUUUAUGAUAAAUCUGUGGCUCGAUACAUCUACUGAUUGAAAUGGAUGUCUUAGACUAGGUUACUAUUUUUGUCAUAUGGAAAUGAAUAAAAUGCAGGAUGUAAUAUGACUUCUGAAUUGCGUUCCUUGAUUAUUCGAAUGGAGACCGUGAAAUUUGAGGUUCUGGUCGUUGAUGGUGGAUGUCAUAUCCGUGGUGUUUCUCCGAGGAAAGUCAACGAGGGUUGACAGCUUAGAUUUAAGCAAUAUCUACAUGUAUCUUGAUUGGUCUUGAAAUUUUUAUUUUUCACUUUUUUUCUAAAAUAAAAAUGCAACCUCCUAAUGGUGGUUUUUGUUUUUGUUUUUGUUUUUUUACAUCUGUGAUGGACGAAGAUGUAGUAGAAAUUGCCUCCUCGUUAGAGACUGCCGGCCAUGUCCCAAAAUGACCACACUCUGAAUUGCCUUCCCAUCGUCAACGUUAAGUGAAAGUAUUGGCUCUUAGGAUCACUUGAGAAAUAAAUCGCUGUGCGUCAAGGCCCGUUCCAGGUGGGGCGUGGGAGGGGAGGGGCUGCCCGCACCUGCUGUGUCCCCUUGCUCCAGAUGGAGGAUAUCUUUACUGAAAAGAGGCUUUACCUCACCAGUAACACUUGAUAGAACUUAAAAUUUAAAAAAUGUAGUAGCGCCUGGAUUUCAGCAUAUCCAACCCAUUUCCUUUUCCAAUCACCCCAGGCCCCUAGAAGCCGCAGUGAUUUUUGCCUGGGAAGCGUGGGGAGAACUACCUGUCCGGGCCAGCCUUUCAGCCCAGAUCCCAACCUUAGCGGCCAACCCAUGUUGGUUUCAGCGCUAGGAUGGAAAUUAGCAAACAAGAGCGGACUCAGUAAGACCGUAAAUUCAAUCUGUUUUUUAAAAUGGUAAGGAAGUAAAGGCUCUUGCCGUUGGAAAUAAUAUAAAUUAAAACGCAGGAAACAUGGGACCUACUUAUUUCAAAAAGA